AUGCGUUUUCACUCUGUCCUCUUCUGUCUUGCUUUCGCCACGGCGGCCGUCGCCAAAGAGUGCUCUUACGACGGCUUCCAAGAAUGCGUGACCUACUACGCCGAUUCUGACUGCCAUCACAGUAUCGGCAACUACAUUCCGACCUGUGAGGGAAACUGCUUCCAGUUCAGCUCUUUCCAGGGACUGGUCGUGGAAGGCAACUUCAUUCAUGGCACCGACUGCAUCGUGUACUCCGACCCAUACUGCCAGAAUGAGAUCGGUGUCACCCCGAAUGCGAUCAACCAGAACAUCGAUUAUAUCGAGCUAUUGGGAGCCACCCCCAUCUUCAGCUAGGGUUGUUGCGAGGAUGGCUGGUGGGCCAGAUACCAUUGAUGCGGAGGAGUUAAUGGGGGAUAAUGAUGAUCUUACUUCCGUUGGCAGUGAAAG